ACAGACUGGUUUCGUAGUGGUGAUAGUCACAUCGCCUGUAACAGUCGCCUAUAAAAAUCGACGACUGCCAAAAAGCCAGUAGCGCGGACCCGCAGCGCUUUCACUUGGCGACAGUGUCUUUACCGUGAGUAUAUAGUUCAUUAUAGCAAUGCAGGAUACUUAGCAGAUAUGCAGUCCUAAUCUGGAGGUCUGGUCAUUCAACCUUGGCCAUGGCAGCCUGCAAUCGCCCAUGCCGGGGCGCUAGAGCUAGGAGAUCUUGGAUGACGACGGCGCUCGUAGCGCUGGCGGCAGCAGCAGCUUUCAUCGUUACAGCCAGCGCCAACACGAACGCUGACUGGUCUCCCGAAGAUUAUGUCAACCCAAAUGAAGAGGUGCAUGCCCUGGACACCGCUCCGGUCGUGAGAACGCGGUUGGGCGAGGUGGUGACGCGUGCCCAGUUCCCGUACUGUCGCUGUGGGCGCGGGUACGCCAACAACCCCUACGACCUGGUGCUCAGCAGCCAGAAGCAGCUGAAGGAUGGCCGCUCGGUCACGUGCUACAAGGUGGCUCAGAUCCGCACCUGCAAUGGCCUGACGCCAGGGAGCCGCGCCGAGGGGUGCUGCAAGGCCAUGCUCGGCGACUUCCACAAAAUCGAGUUCGAUGCUGACCCGACUUGCGCGGGCUCUGUGAAGGGCGUAAGCAUCAAUGGAAAGGCGGGCAAGGCGUGGGCGUGGGUGACGGACCUUGGGCCGUCCGCAGUCUUCAAGAUUGCAAACCUGCAAUGGAACGCGUCUCUGGCCGUGGGUUCCGAGAUUUGCUACACGCUGGGCGGCCCCUGCGCAUCCAUGGACCGGCUUUGCUACAACGAGGGCGGCUGCAACUUUGCCAUCUUCACUGCGGGCCUGUACUCGCAAACCGUUGGCGAGUGUUGCCUGCUGGGGUCCAUGGAACUCGGCGCCAAUGGCACAGCCGCCUCACCGUCCCCAGCUGGCACCGGCACACCCAGCGGCGUCUCUCCCACCCCGAGCCCUGGGCCAGCCUCGUCACCCGCACCCACGCCCUCACCGGUGGUUGCAAAACCCCCGCCGGUCGCCUCCAAGCCGCCCCCGCCGACGGCUAAGCCUCCGCCUCCUCCCAACAGCAGCAGCGGCUCUCUGGUCAACGUGAGCAUUACCGUGUCGCGCCGUGUGGCGGCCUCUGCGCCUCCUCCUCCAGCGACCCGUACCCGCUCCACCAAACGCGGGCUGCUGCAGACCAGCACAAAUGGCAUUUUUGAUGCUGCGUCAUGCAGUCUGCUGGCUGACGUGGUCAACCGCAGGCUGCGUGCCCUCCGCAACCCCGUGGGCUGGGACGUGCCCUACAGCUGCUCAUCCGUGUCGGCUGACCGGCUGGUUGCGGGCGGCAGCUGGCCCGCUGGCACCACCUCUGCCGAUCUGGCCUGGGUCUACACAGAGCUCCGCAGCGCCGCUCUGCUGGCGGAGCUUGCGUCAGCGCUGGGGCUGAGCUGCGAGGACAGCGUGGCAGUAGCGGACUCGCUAGGAGGCGUGCAGGUGCAGGGCGCUUGCGGCGGGAGCAGCACAGCCGGCCCCAGCCCCAGCCCGUCUGGCACCAGCGUGAGCCCGAGCAACGGUGGUGCCAGCCCCAGCCCUUCGACCGGCGGCGCUAGCCCCAGUCCCAAGCCCAGUCCCAGCCCGUCUACCGGCGGCGCUAGCCCCAGCCCUUCGAGUGGUGGUGCUAGCCCCAGCCCUUCGGCCAGCGGCGCUAGCCCCAGUCCCACGCCCAGUCCCAGUCCCUCUACCGGCGGCGCAAGCCCCAGCCCUUCGAGUGGUGGUGCUAGUCCCAGCCCUUCGACCGGCGGCGCUAGCCCCAGUCCCAAGCCCAGUCCCAGCCCUUCGACCGGCGGCGCUAGCCCCAGCCCUUCGAGUGGUGGUGCUAGCCCCAGCCCUUCGGCCGGCGGCGCUAGCCCCAGUCCCAAGCCCAGUCCCAGCCCUUCGAACGGCGGCACUAGCCCCAGUCCCACGCCCAGUCCCAGCCCUUUGGCCGGUGGCGCCAGCCCCAGUCCCACGCCCAGUCCCAGCCCCUCGACCGGCGGCACUAGCCCCAGCCCUUCGAGUGGUGGUGCUAGCCCCAGCCCUUCGACCAGCAGUGCUAGCCCCAGUCCCACGCCCAGUCCCAGCCCUUCUACCGGCGGCGCCAGCCCCAGCCCUUCUACUGGUGGUGCUAGCCCCAGCCCUUCGACUGGUGGUGCUAGCCCCAGCCCUUCGACCGGCGGCGCUAGCCCCAACCCAAGCCCUUCGGCCGGCGGCAGUAGUCCCAGCCCUUCGGCUGGCGGCGCUAGCCCCAGCCCCAGCCCUUCGACCGGCGCUAGCCCGCCUGCAAGUAGCCCUGCGCCUUCGCCACCCCUGGACGCGCCCAUUCUGCCCACUCAAGACAACUCCCCUCCACCUCCCCACGACUCCGGCUCUGGUAGUUCACCAGUACCUUCCGGAUCAUCCCCGUCACCCACCUCUGGCGGCGUACCGUCUCCUGAAGGAGCCAGCCCAUCCCCCGCCCCCGAUGGCACGGGAAGCAGCCCAUCUCCUGAUACUGGCAGCAGCCCCACGCCAGCUGGCACCGGCAGCAGCCCUUCGCCUGCCUCAGGAUCCAGCCCCGCGCCGGCUGGCACGGGCAGCAGCCCUUCGCCUGCUGGCACUGGCAGCAGCCCCGCCCCAGCUGGCGCGGGCAGCAGCCCUUCGCCUGCAGGCACUGGCAGCAGCCCCGCCCCAGCCGGCACGGGUAGCAGCCCUUCGCCUACUGGUACCGGCUCCAGCCCUGCCCCAGCUGGCACGGGUAGCAGCCCUUCGCCUACUGGUACCGGCUCCAGCCCCGCCCCAGCUGGCACGGGCAGCAGCCCUUCGCCUGCUGGCACCGGCAGCAGCCCCGCCCCAGCUGACCCGGGCAGCAGCCCUUCGCCUGCUGGCACUGGCAGCAGCCCCGCCCCUGCCGGCACGGGCAGUAGCCCUUCCCCUACCGGCACGGGCAGCAGCCCUUCGCCUGCUGGCACUGGCAGCAGCCCCACCCCAGCCGGCACAGGCAGCAGCCCCUUGCCUACUGGCAAUGGCAGCAGCCCCACCCCAGCUGGCACGGGCAGCAGCCCUUCGCCAACUGGCAAUGGCAGCAGCCCCGCCCCAGCCGGCACGGGCAGCAGCCCUUCGCCUGCUGGCACUGGCAGCAGCCCCGCCCCAGCCGGCACAGGCGGCAGCCCUUCGCCAACUGGCAACGGCAGCAGCCCCGCCCCUGCCGGCACGGGCAGCAGCCCUGAUCCAGCCGGCACUGGCAGCAGCCCCACCCCCGCCGGCACGGGCAGCAGCCCUGCGCCUACCGGCACUGGCAGCAGCCCUGCGCCAGACGGUACUGGCAGCAGCCCCGCCCCAGCCGGCACGGGCAGCAGCCCUUCGCCAACUGGCAAUGGCAGCAGCCCCGCCCCAGCCGGCACGGGCAGCAGCCCUUCCCCAGCCGGCACCGGCAGCAGCCCCGCCCCAGCCGGCACGGGCAGCAGCCCCGCCCCAGCCGGCACGGGCAGCAGCCCUUCGCCUGCUAACACCGGCAGCAGCCCCACCCCAGCCGGCACGGGCAGCAGCCCUUCGCCUACUGGUACCGGCAGCAGCCCUGCCCCAGACAGCACGGGCACCAGCCCUUCGCCUACUGACACUGGGAGCAGCCCCGCCCCAUCCGGCACUGGCAGCAGCCCUGCCCCAGACAGCACGGGCACCAGCCCUUCGCCUACUGGCACUGGCAGCAGCCCUGCCCCAGCCGGCACGGGCAGCAGCCCUUUGCCUGCUGGCAAUGGCAGCAGCCCCGCCCCCGCCGGCACGGGCAGCAGCCCUUUGCCUGCUGGCAAUGGCAGCAGCCCCGCCCCAGCUGGCAUGGGCAGCAGCCCUUCGCCUACUGGCACUGGCAGCAGCCCUGCCCCAGCCGGCACGGGCAGCAGCCCUUCGCCUACUGGUACCGGCAGCAGCCCUGCCCCAGACAGCACGGGCACCAGCCCUUCGCCUACUGACACUGGGAGCAGCCCCGCCCCAGCCGGCACGGGCAGCAGCCCUUCGCCUACCGACAACGGCUCCAGCCCUUCCCCAGCCGGCACCGGCAGCAGCCCCGCCCCAGCCGGCACGGGCAGCAGCCCUUCGCCUACUGGCACUGGCAGCAGCCCUGCCCCAGCCGGCACGGGCAGCAGCCCCUUGCCUACUGGCAAUGGCAGCAGCCCCACCCCAGCUGGCACGGGCAGCAGCCCUUCGCCAACUGGCAAUGGCAGCAGCCCCGCCCCCGCCGGCACGGGCAGCAGCCCUUUGCCUGCUGGCAAUGGCAGCAGCCCCGCCCCAGCUGGCACGGGCAGCAGUCCUUCGCCUACCGGCACGGGCAGCAGCCCCGCCCCUGCCGGCACGGGCAGCAGCCCUGAUCAAGCCGGUACUGGCAGCAGCCCCGCCCCAGCCGGCACGGGCAGCAGCCCUUCGCCUACCGGCACUGGCAGCAGCCCUGCGCCAGACGGUACUGGCAGCAGCCCCGCCCCAGCCGGCACGGGCAGCAGCCCUUCGCCUACCGGCACUGCCAGCAGCCCCGCCCCAGCCGGCACGGACAGUAGCCCUUCCCCUAACGGCACUGGCAGCAGCCCUUCGCCUACCGGCACUGGCAGCAGCCCUUCGCCAACUGGCACGGGCAGCAGCCCUUCACCUACUGGUACCGGCAGCAGCCCCGCCCCAGCCGGCACAGGCAGCAGCCCUUCGCCUGGCAGCAGCCCUUCGCCUACUGGCACUGGUAACAGCCCCGCCCCAGAUGGCACGGGUAGCAGCCCUUCGCCUGCUGGCACAGGCAGCAGCCCUUCGCCUGCCACAGGAUCCAGCCCUGUCCCAGCUGGCACUGGCAGCAGCCCAUCUCCUAGCGGCACCGGCAGUAGCCCUUCACCUUCCUCAUCAGGCUCCAGCCCAUCUCCGUCCAGCUCGGGCACCUGCGAGAUCUCGGUCUCCGUCUCCGUGUCACGGACUUCCAACACGCCCAUCGCCAGCUACAUUGACUGCUCCUCCUUUGUCGACGGCUUGCAACGCUACAUCGCCGACCUCACCGGCGCCGAUGCCCCAGUCCUGGCCUGCGACAGCGAGUCUGACCCGGGUAUCUCCCUCACCGCCAUCGGCGCCACGCCGUCCACCACCGCGGAUGCCUUGUUCUUCGCUCUGUCAGGCAACGGCUACAGCGACCUCGUGGCGCAGCUACAGCUGCCGGACACUGGCGGCUGCGUCGCGGGCAGCCAGCCCUUCCUCAGCUUCGCCAGCUCCUGCACGGAUCCCUUCCGGCCCGGCGCCUGUGCAGUCGACACGUGCGCCAUGGACGCACUGGUCAAGCACGUGCUGCCGACGUCGGGUGCCGGUGCAUCUGGCCCCACCGAUGCCGAGCUUGACUCUCAGUGCACGGCCUUGACAGGGGAAAUGAACGCACUGCUUGCGUCGGUGGCGGCGGACCUUGGCACCAGCCUGGCUCCGGAGAUAACCUUCCAGUGCACCUACUCCAUUGAGACGCUGGUCAUGGGGCUGGUGGAUGGCGCUGCGGUCGCGGACGGCACGCAGGCAGUUGUGGUGAAGGCCUCCGUGUCGCAGCUCCCUAGCGACGUGUCUGCAGCGCUGCGUGCCGCCUUCGUGACCAUCGGCUACAACUCCCUGGCCUCUAGCCUUUCCUUCCCGGCGCUGACGCCCGCUGGCGCCAGCAGCUGUAUGGCCACGCCCGCCGCCGCCCUCGCCACCGCCGCCGCGCUGGACGUCGCCGGCGCAGACACGUGCGGCGGCAGCUACGUGCCACCCGCGUGCCCCGACACCUGCACCCUCAGCGCCGUCGUGCAGCACCCGGCGCCGGGCUCUGGCGGCUCGGGCGCCAUGACUGCGGAUGACGUGGCGGCCGAGUGCGACACGCUGGUCAAGGUGAUGGACAUCUUGAUGGUGGGCGCAGCGGACGAGCUCGGCGUGGAUUCCACCGCGCUCUUCUUCGAGUGCAGCGGCGCCGCCGUCGCCACAGCCGCCGCCGGCGCGACGACGUCGGCAAGUGCCACACUGCCGUUUGCGUUGGCGGCGGCGCUGCAGGCGCAACUGUCCGAACCCCUCGGCUACAACGCGCUUGCCUCGACACUGGGCAUGGCAGAGCUGACGCCCGCGGGCUGCCUGGCGUACGGCACGGACCUCACCACCACCACCGUGGCGAGUUUUGCCACCGACUGCGCCGCGCCCUUCACCCCCAGCGUGUGCCCCCCAGCGCCGCCCUCACCCCGGCCUCCGAUGCCCCGACCCCCCUCGCCGCCGUCGCCCCGCCCACCGAAGCCGUCGCCGCCACAGCCUCCAUCGCCACGGCCGCCGAAGCCGUCGCCCCCUGCGGCGCGUCCCCCCUCUCCAGCGCCGCCGUCGCCAGCCCCGCCAUCACCGCGCCCGCCGUCACCUGCGCCGCCCUCGCCCGCUCCUCCGUCCCCCGCUCCCCCAGGGCCGCGGCCGCCCUCGCCCACUCCUCCCUCGCCCACUCCUCCCUCGCCCACUCCUCCCUUGCCGGCCCCUCCCUUGCCGGAGCCUGCUGGCACCACACCCAGCACCACACCAAGCAGUGCAUCCCCCAGCCCCUCACCCAAUCUGAGCCCCAGCGCACAGCCGAGCCCCAGCCCCGUCGCCAACACCACCACCCCCAGCCCCUCCCCGUCAACUUCCACAACCAGCCCCAGCCCCAGCCCCAGCUUUAGCCCCAGCCCUGACCAGGCGCCCAGCCCUGCACCUACCAACGGCGAUUCACUCCCGCCUUCUCCAAGCGCUUCCUCGCCCUCGCCUUCCCCUUUGCCCGCUGCCGAGUCCCCGUCGCCGUCACCAUCCACGAGCCCUUCACCCUCGCCGACCGAUGCAGGCAGCUCCCCUCCGCCCUCGGACUCAUCAGCAGGUGCCAUGCCGCCGCCCGCCCCCAGCCGUGACAUUGACAUCAACCAGCCGCCAUCCCCGGCCGCCGGCGGGUCUACACCCUCUUCCUCCCCGCCUCCCUCGCCCGGGCCUGAGAUGGCAUCUCCGUCCCCUUCACCGUCCAUCUCCCCUGACAUGGGUUCCCCCUCUCCGUCUCCAUCGUCCACUUCGUCCCCCUCUCCCUCACCUGAUGCCGGCGCUGCAUAUCCCUCUCCUCCCAGCCCCGCCCCGCCGCUUCCGUCGCCCCCCGUGCCUCCGCCUUCUCCACCCUCUCUAAGCCCACCACCCGUGCCUCCCUCGCCGCCUUCUCCACCCAGCCCCCCGCCCCAGCCUCCCUCGCCCCCCAGUCCCCCGCCCUUGCCACCGGGGCCCCCUUCGCCACCGCCAGUGCCCCCGAGCCCGCCCUCGCCUCCUCCGGCACCGCCCUCCCCGCCCAUUGCCGGCGGCGCCGUACUGCCCGUUGCCGUACCAAGCAAUGUCGUGCCAUGGUCCGACACGGGCUACGACAUGUCAGUGUACGACACUUCGGAAAACGCCACGCACUACACCGUACAGUACCUGGUGCUGGUGUCUGACUCAGCACAGCCAAUGAGCGGUUGGAGCGUGGUGGUUGACCCGUCCAUUCUGGGCACCGAUCUCGACACCUCCGCAGUCACAGGCACGCGCACUCGGGACGAUGGCACCACCGCCAGCGCCAUUGUCAUUCCCGUGACGGAUGCGGCGGUGUCCACUGUGACGGUCAUCGACCAACUUGCCCCUGGCUCAUCCGCAUUCUUCACGCUUUACUGGCCGAAAACCACCGCCGCUAACCACCGACGGCGGUUGGCGCAGACCAGCACCGAUCCCGCAACUGCCAGCCGUGGGGUCAACGUCACAAUUAUUGCGUGGAGCAACAGCACUCUGUCAACGAUUGUGCUGCCGCCUGAGGUCACGGGUCCCAACUCGCCUGCGCUUUCGGCUGGCGCUGCCUUGUGCGCCGCCGCCAGUGCCGCGGGUGUAACCACCCUGCCAACUGACACGUCGGUUAAUCUGUUGGGUGGCAGCGCCAGCAGCUGCAUCACCACCAGUCUCAGCAACAUAUUCACCUCGGCGUCCAACCACACCACCUUCAACACCACCGUCGCAACCGUCGGCAGCAACACGGCUUGCACCUCCUACCUGACAACGCUCUCACGCCCGGCGUUCGUGCGCUUGCCACUCACACCCACCGCCUCGGCGGCACUGGCAGCAGCGCUGGCCAACCGCAGCACCACUGGUGGAGCGUCUGUGCUGCCUCUGGGCGCCUUUAUUUCUGGCGGCUCUCUGGUCCUGUCGCGAUCGCUGGCCUCGACGUCUGCGAUUGCGCUACGUUUCAGUCUGCCCUCAGCGUUGGCUCCCAGCGAUGUGUGCGAGCAGGGCGUUCUGGCGGACCAGAUGCCCAACACCUGCGCGGUACAGUUGAUCUGGCGCAGCGGCUGUGCCCAGGGCAUCCUGGGCAACGCCUCGGCCUUGGCGGCUGGAGGCGGCGUCGGCCAGGUGCCGUCGGUACAGGCGCAGCCGCCCGCACCCGCCGGCAACCUGCAAGCGGAGGUCAUUGGCGACCGUGACGUUAACGCAUCGAGCAGUGACAGCAACAGCCUCACCGCCUCCCAGAUUGCGAUCGUGGUGUGCCUGGUGGUGGGCUUUGUAAUCCUAGCCAUUAUCGUGCUUGUGGUGGUGAUGCACCAUCGCCGCAAGAAGUGGACGCCCGCCAAGGGCGAGGUCAAUAGCGCCCCUGGGCCGCUCAUCCUGCGCCCCUCAGCCGGUGGCGCACGCCACGUCAUCAACAUCAACGCCAGCGCCGUGUCCGGCGGCGGUGCGCCACCCGCCACAAGCGCGGGUGGCGCCUCAGCCACCUACACGGCUGCGGGCGGCCUCGACACGCCGCGCACGCCGGCGGGGAUGGGGCGCAGCACGGGCGGUGGCAGCACGUUCGCCGUGUCUGGCGGCGGUGCGGCGGCGGCGGCGGCGGCACGGGGCCCGGGCGUGAUUGCCAUGCAGUUGGAUGGCGAGGGCGAGGACCCGAUGGCCCUGCCGCCGCCGCCGGUGCAGGCCUCCGGCCGGAGGGCGCACUUUGUGAACCCCCUGUCGGUUAUGCCGCCUGUGGUGUCUACUGAGUCCGCGACGGAGUCGGCGGCCGAGGUCGGCGCCGGUUUCGGAGCCGCUGGGUCGAUGGCUGCUGCCGGGUCAGGGGCGGCGGCAACCGAGGGCGCGGUGCCGGUGGGCGGUCUAUCAUCAGGCGGACCCAGCGGGUCUCAUACCGGUGGCGUUGGUGCUGCUAGCGUGGAUGACCAGAAGGGCGCUGUGGGCUGGGCUCAGUCCUAGGCACGCAAGGUCGUGCUGCGCGUAGAAGUGCCAAGGAAGAAGCGGUUUAGGGAAAUUCUUUAACUUAGCGGUCUAGGGGUAGCUAGUCUGGUGAGCCUGCUGCCAUACCGGCAGCAUGGCAGACCAACUUAGAGCGUGCAUAUAGUUGAUGUAUGGUGGGGCCAGGGGGAUUCUUCGUUCGGUGUAAUUCUGAAAUUAGCGUAGCGGUGCGUCUGCGAGCCCAGUUGAUUCAGCCAGGCUCUAGCUGUUCUCGCCACUGCACGCCAUGACUGGCGAUGUGAGUGUCUGCUUUGCGUGUUAUGAUCUGCUCAAGUAACAAGCUUUGCAGGAGGGAUGACGUUUGACUUUUGACCUUUUAUGUUGACGACAUGUGUGCGACACAAGCGUGCCGUAAUGUGGGUGGUGGCCGGUGCAUAUGGUGCCCUGGGCCGAUUGGCACGCCGCGUACCUAUCAGGUAGCAUGUGGCGUGCGAGUACCUGACAAGACCCUGCAUGAUAGGUGUUGACGCGCCGUACAUACAUAGCUGACGUGCUACAGGUGCGCGGGAGCACAAGAUGUGACGUGCAAAUGACGCGCGGGUUAGCAGCUGAUGCAAAGCUUUGUGAUGAGCGCAGCACGGGGCCGGGUCAGCAUCACUGAUACCGCACGUGAACCUUGGGAAGCACGCCCGUGAAUGAAAGCUCUUCCCUUUAAACACAAGC